CAAACUGCACGCGCGAACGUAUGUACACAGUAGUCAGGUAUUGUUAAAGACUGUGCAGUUUAAACCUCACUGGCGCAUAAAGUGAAUCUUGGACCUAAAGAGGCCAGUAAUGGCCACAAGCAACAGUUCAGUUCUCAAAGAUGUUGUUGCCUAUGUUGAUGUGUGGUCAUCAGACAAAACAGCAAACUAUUCAAAACCAUUUGUUCAGCAGCUGCAGGAAAUGGGAGCUCAGAUAUCAAAAACAUUCAAUAAACAAGUCACACAUGUUGUCUUCAACAAUGGUCAUCCAGCUACAUGGAGGAAAGCUAAGAAAAGUGAUGUGAGGCUCGUGUCUGUUCUCUGGGUAGGCAGAUGUUACGAUGACGGUGUGCGUGUGGAUGAGGAGAUGUAUCCAGCCUUAAAUGAUGAGAGCAAUCCUGUGUUGAAGAACAAGAAACAUCGUUGCAUGCAGCCAAAAGAUUCUCCAGAGAGGACGCCUGAAAAUGACAGACGCAUGAGGAAAAAAUUAGACAAAAUGAUGAAAGGCCUAGCUCCAAAACAACCUCUGGUUACAGAUGUGUCGCCCAUCAUCAUUGAUGAAGAGAAUGGAAUAGUUUAUAGUCCUGCAUUGAAAAGAUCAGAUUAUAUGGCACAGCGUUUGAAAGACAUGAAAGAGAAACGGGAAAACCUCUCACCAACAGCCUCACAAAUGGUUGAAUCCUGCUCACCUGUUGGGAUAAGGCCUUCUCUUGGGAGCACACCGAGUGUCUUCAAAUUAUUGUACGACCAAUCAGAUGAUGAUUCCAGUGCUUCUGCUGCUGAACCUGGUUACUCACCUGAUAAGGAAGAAGGGAGAACAGAAGUUGAUGUUACUGACCAUGACUGUCUUGAACAACGCCACAGAAAAGGCUCUAGCAAGCCCUGGCUGUCACCAUGCCGUGAUAUGCCAAAACGGAUGAUUUCAAGUCCUUUGAAAUGUCCUGACUUCAAGGAUGAAGAUGACAAAGAUGGGAAAUGCCAAAAAAAGCCAAGAAGAUCCUCAGUAAGAAAAAAACCAGCAGAGAAACACAAAUCUGUAGAUUUAUUAGAAAGGCCCUGCCAGGAUAACAGUUAUGACAACAGCAAGAGCUUUCACAAAGAAAAAAAGCCACCACAUGUAGAAACAUCCAGGCCAUCACCUAACAAAUCUGAAAAAGGAAAGCGAAAAUUUAAGUCAGCUAAGUUGUUUACAGAGACUAAGACCCAUUCUCUCCCUGACACUGUGAGCUCCUCUAGUUGCCUCUCGUCACCAGCCACUUUAGGUGAUGUUGUAGUUGAAUUGUCAAAAGAAACUGCUACUUCAUUACAGAAAAUACCCAAACGAGCCAGAAAGUCACUUUCUGCUUUGGUACAACCUUUCACUCCAUCCUGUGACUCUAAGAGUGUUGCCUCUUGUUCCACUGAUGGAGAUGAUGAUGUGUUUGAGGACUAUUUUUCCCCAGCUAACCACCACCAGAGAUCAAAAAGACCAGUUUUUCCUAAUCUACCUGUGGAGAGAGACAUUCAGAUUCCUUUUGAGUUGGGCUCUGUCCCACAGAAGAGAAAACAAAGAAGAAGUGAACGCAUUGGAUCUGAAACUAUCAGUAAAAAAAAGAGGAAACUGGAUGAAAGUCAGACAAAAAAAAAUAGCAAUCAGGAGUCUGAUGCAAGCAGUGAGCUCCAAAGUCACCCACAACAGGAUGUUAAAGAAUCUCUGUCUACAGUGGAGAAUGCCAAUGUAGUGGCUAAAAUGCAAAGACAAAGCACAUUGCCCUUUAGAAGCAUCAGUAAAACUAUAAGUGAUGCAGUGAAACAAAGAAGAGCAUCUACAUCAGUACGACCAACAAUGUUUACAGAGGCUAACACAGUGUCGGAGCUGCAGAAAAACUCUGAUGUCAGCGUCAAUUCUCAUACCUUGGAAAGUAGAGGAAAUGAAUGUACAGAUGCAGCUGGUUUAAUAGAGAUCCCCCCUGAAGGCGAAGAAAAUCCAAAUGAGCAAGUCAGUUUGAGUCUACAGAAAAUGGUCAACAAAACAAAGGCUAUGAGAACAUUGGUCAUGACAAGCAUGCCCACUGAGAAACAACAAACGGUGGUUCAGGUGGUGAAAGCACUGGGUGGUUUUUCAAUCGUUGACCGAGUUUGUGAGAGCACCACUCAUGUGGUGUCUGGAGGUCAACGGCGGACUCUGAAUAUUCUGUUGGGCAUCGCUCGUGGCUGCUGGAUCCUCUCUUUUGAAUGGAUUCUCUGGUGUUUGGAGCAAAGGCAGUGGAUUCCAGAGGAGCCGUAUGAGCUUUCAGACCAAUUUCCUGCAGCACAGAUCUGUCGUCUACAGAGGCACCUGUCUGCCGGGGAACACCAACAGGACCUGUUCCAAAGCCAACCAGCCAUGUUUGUGUCCCAGCACUCCCAGCCGCCCACUCAGAGUCUGGUAGAAUUGAUCCAGCUCUGUGGAGGAACAGUUUGCAAAACUGUGCGGCAGGCUGGUAUCUGCAUAGGGAAGUACCGCGGCAGGAGACCAGAGGGAAGCAGGAUCCUGUCUGAGCAGUGGGUGCUGGAUAGUAUCACAUAUUUGAAGCAGCUGUCAUAUGAUAACUACGACUUGGAGUGAAAGCUGUUGAAAAUAUAUAUAUAUUUUGGCUGUGAAGUUUCAGUAAUUUUAUGCUGGGCUGUGCCUGGUCACAUAACUUCAGUUUCUACCUUACAGUGUUCCAGUGCAGGUUUAUCAUCUUGCUUUGGAAACGUGUCAGAGGCUUUACGUAAAUCCUCUCAAAUAUUCAGUUUUCGAAGACUUCAAGUCCCUGGUUGCCAUGGAAACCUUCUGAAGACUAUCAACCAUAUCAACUGUCUAAGUUACUGUGAAACAUGGACAACUGCUUUGACGUAGUGUAUGUUGAUCCUUUAUUACUUAUAUUUCUUUGUAGUAAUCACUACUGUGUAACUGUGUGUUUUUCAGAAGACAUGAGAUCAACCCAGUUUUUUCUUGUGAUUUUAAAAAAUACUUACUGAGCCAGUUGAGCACUCUAAUGCAGAUUAACAUAUUGUGUCCUUUAUAGAAAUGUUUUCUGACAUCAUUGUUAAUAAAUACUUUUAACACUUUU